UAACUGUAUUGUCGAGCGUGGAGUUGGGUGUUCACUGAUGCUGCUGGGUUGAGCUACACUAUGGGGAAUGCACAGACUCCUCACACUGCCCAGGUCUGGAAUGCAAAGCAGUCCUGGAAUGUGACCGGUAUUCUCCAGUUCCUGCCUCAUCUCUCCACCAUCGCUGACUCUGCUUCACCCUCCCCUCCCCGGCCCACGGCCUCUCCCUGCCCUCCAGCUGUAACCAGCAGGUUUGGUCAGACUCUGUAUGAUGCUGGAGCCCUCACUGUGUGUGUGUGUGUGUGUGUGUGUGCUGAUGUGUUGGGCCCAACACUGCCGUUAGACAUUCCAUCCGAACAGGCACAGGGCUUCUGCCCUUCACACUUGCUACUGCCAGGAUGCUAUUCGGCCCAUCGAUACGCUGCUAGCUCUCCGAUCACCCCUUAUCUCCCUGGCCCACCGUGCCAGUGGACCCCGGCCCCUGAUGCCAGUCUGGAGAAGGAUGGAACUACGGGUGUGGGUGGAAGGUGUGCAGAGGGUGGUCUGCGGCGUUACCCCAGAGACCAGCUGCCAGCAAGUGGUGAUCGCACUAGCACAGGCCAGCGGUCAGACAGGCCGCUAUGUGCUGGUGCAGAGUCUACGAGACACUGAGCACCAGCUGUUGCCCAUGGAGUGCCCGAUGCAGCUGUUGGCCAAGAGCGGGCAGUACGCCAACGAUGUCCACUUCAUGCUGCGCCGCACGGGCUCCGCUCAGUCCGAACGGUCAGCGCCGGACCCCAGCGGCCGGACCCAGACCCCCACCCUCGCCCACACCGCCUUCCCCCUGCACAGACCCGCCCAGCCCCCGAAACGGCGGGAGCCGAAGAAAUCGCUGUCCUUCACUGGCGGGGCGCUGGAGAUCUCCCUGCGGGACAAGUGCAGGGCUAAGAAGGCGGGCGGGGAGGAGGGGGCAGCGGGCAACCCCCAGCCCAGCAAGGACGAGCUCUUCAGGAUGAUCCUGAGGCAGCAGCAGAGGCUGCGGGAGCUGGCGGAGCGGCGGGAAAGCUGUGACUCGGAGACGGGAGCGCGGCAGUCAGAGGUGGAGGAGCAGGCAGCGAGGAGGAGCAAGGAGGAGCAGGAGGUGGAGCAGGAAGAGGAGAAGGACGAGGAGGAGGUGUGGGAGCGGGAGCUGAGGACGGAGCAGGAGCGGGAAGGGGAGCUGCAGCAGCAGCUGAGCCAGCUGCGGAGGAAGCUGCAGGACAGCGCGCAGCGGCUGCAGGGACUGGGCAGCAGAGAGCAGCUGCUGCAACAGGAGAUCGGGCGGGAGGGCGAGAGAACCCGCAGGGCACAGCGCGCUGGGCACCACGGCACUGGGGUCCGUCUGCAGGCUGAGAUCGAGACCAAAAUCCAGCAGAACCUCCAGAUCCAGAACUCGAUGGUGGAGGUGGAGAGGUCCCUGCAGGAAACUGAGCGCCGACUCCAGGCCAAGACGCAGGAGCUGGAGGAGUUGAACAAGGAGCUGCGACAAUGCAACUUGCAACAGUUCAUCCAGCAGACCGGGAACACUGGAGCAGAACGGCCCCGGAGCGAGGAAGAGCCGCUCUCAGAUGACCCACAGGGCCCGCAGCCCGGCAGCCCCGCAGGAUCGGACACCUCGCCACGCCCGACCGCCAUGCACUUCCUGGGAAACCCGCGAAACCUGCAGAACCCGCUGGUGUCGAGACUGAAUCCGGGAGAGUUCCCUCAUUGGAUAGUAGGUAGCUGACAAAAGAGGCAAAGAGGUGUUGAAGCUGUAAUCCCAAUUCAGUUUGAUAAUGUUUUAAAAUCAGAUCACCCUAGGCUGGCUGGUGCACUGGGAGUGAAUGCUCAUUUGGCCAUCUCAGGAAUGUGAUGUGUGGAAGGCCGUGACUAUCUCAAAUUGUUCUGACAUUAUGUAAUUUAUGUUGAAAAUAAAUAAAGAUUGGAAACUGCU